AUGAUAUGUGACAUAUUAACUCAUAAUGAGCAAUCAUUGAAGAUGCGUAAUGAUCUAAUUUGUCAAUUGGAAUUGAUAAAAGAUGAUUUAAAGUUAAAAAUGAAAGAAGAAGGUUAUGUUGAACUUGAUUUAGAUCAAUGGACUAAGCAACUUGAACAGUUGAAAAGUGAUAUUGAAAAAACAGAAAGUGAAAUGAAAGGAAAAAGUGUUGAAAUUGACAUUGAUGUUUGUCGUUUACUUAAUCCUAUGAUAUCGAUUAAAGUAGAUGAGGAAACGAAAAUAAAUUUAGAUCAGUUUGAAUCAACACCUGAUUCAAUUCAUAGCCUCGGUCUGAGUAAUUCUGUUAUGGGUGCAUCAGAUAGUUUAUUGUUACUUUUUGGUUUAAUCGAGAAGUCGGACGAUGGUAAAAAGUACGGGAAUGAUCAGUUUCAAAUUUAUCUCACUCAUUUGGAUAGUGGAAUUAUAAAAUUAUUCGACUGGGAUAAUGAUAAUAAUGGAGAAGUACUAGAUAUAUGUUGGUCAUCUGUUUUGAAUCAGUUUUUGUUAUUGAGUUCAAAUAGUAUUUUAACAUUGAACAUUUCAACAGGAAAUGUGACUAACAUUUAUCAGCGUACAACUCAUAAUAAAUUUGUAAGUUUUACGGUAUUUGAAGAUAUUUUAUUUGUUGCUAAUGGCGAAACUAUUUUAGAAUUACUUAUUACAAAUGGAGUAUUAAUAAAAGAUUGGAAUAUAUUUAAUAAUGAUAGUGAAGAAAAGGACAAACUAGAAUAUACAAUUCAGUAUAUAAGAUGUUCUAAAAGUGCUACUCAUUUGGAUAUGAUAGUUCAUUCCCAAAGAGAUUUCGGUGACUGUGAUUAUCGUUUGGAUGUAAGAGAUUCAUCUACAAUGGAAAUGGUAUAUUCUUUUACACUUGAAAAUGAUGUGAAAUAUGUUUAUAAUAUUGUGUCAAUUUCUAAAGAUCAAUGGUUUAUAUUAUACAGUCGGGACGAACGUUGCCAUUCUGAAGGCGUUGCUUUACCCUCUCUCAAUAUUUUGAAUAAUAAUGGUAGAACCAAAUUUUUGGACGAUGGCCAUUUUUAUAAUUUGGCAUUAGUUAAAAAUCGUCUUGUACAAUUGACAACUCAUUGGCAAAUUCUUAUUUAUGAUCUAUAG